UAUAACCGCAAGGUGGACUUCCUCAAGGGUCUCUUAGAGGCAGACAAACUGCCGUCUCCAGCAGAGAAGUCUCUAGCCAAUCAGUUUCUGGCUCCUGGACGGACGCCUACGAUAUCCAGCGAGAGAACGCCGGCCAGUAAGACGGUGCACAUUCAGAGCAAAGCGCGAUGUGCUGAAGAUAUGAGGAAGGAGCUGAUGAGCACCGUACGACUCUUUUCUCUUUCAACUGCGCUUUUUAGAUAUUCAUGUUUUUAUGGUAUGUUAAACUUCUUAGGACUGUGCAAUAAAAAUAAACCUAAUUCAAGACAUAUUACUCUCACUCAGUCUAUGCGUCAGGCCGACAUGAACUUCGAGAAGCUGAAGACCGAGUCAGAGCGUCUGGAGCAACAUGCCAAGAAAUCCGUCAACUGGUUCCUGUGGCUGAUGCUCAUCGUCGUCUCCUUCACGUUUAUCAGCAUGAUCCUCUUCAUAAGACUGUUCCCGCGACUCAGAUGAUGUUAAUCAUCAUUAGAACAGCUAGAGUUCAUUUAUAUAUAACAACAGGUUUACAUAGACACUAGGCCAGCGGUGGCGAACUCCGGUCCUGGA